AUGGGAAAAACCCCUAUCUCGCGUGUUGGUGCGUCCAAGGCGCGUUUACACGGCUCGACGCGCAAUUGUUUCUUGCGCGCGAACGGCGAUAUCGCUCUCGAAGAUUCCACCGACGCUGAUCGUGGUGCCGUCGACAUCGUCCUUACGGAGUCUAGUCUUUCGUCGACCGUCCACGCCAUCUGUCCGUGGUUCGCGUAUCAUCUUCCAGCGCAUGCGCAGCUAUGUCAUCUAAGCCUACGCCGUUACGAUCCGUAUCAUCGUCUACUUCGCCAUUCUCGCGUUCUGCUACAAGAUGGAGUUCCCGUGUCGUUCAUGGUCCUGAUCAUCGCCCUCUUCAACGACGGUAUCAUCAUUACGCUCCCGAUCGACCGCGUCUUGCCCUCGACCACUCCCGACUCCUGGGACUUCCUGAGAUCUUCAUCUAUGCUGUCGCGUACGUCCUCCACCUCACCCUACCGAUGUAAGCAAUCUUGGUCCGUUUGUCUCGAUCUUCACGCUGACACUUUGUCCAACAUUCCCCUUGUCAUCAUCAUCAAGGAGUUCGUUGUCGUGCUUACCACGCCCUUCCCUAUCGACUUGAGCGACAAGCAAACGACAAGCAGUUGCGCUCGAUCACCUACCUCCAGGUCGCUAUCACCUCGCAGGACCUCAUCUUCGUCACCUGCUCGCAUGGUUUCUUCUCCAUGGAGCGCCCGUCGUACGCAUCGAGUGUCGCUCGCUCGCGGCGGUCGGCGUAAAGGGAUGAGGCGUCGCGCAUGGCGGAACGAUACGGGCGAUACGAUAGCGAGAAGAUCUGCUUCAACUCGUUUCAUCUCAUUCCAUAUCACAGCGAAUUCGUAUCGUCUCGCGGAGACACUAGAUGAUGAUUAG